UACUUCCUUUUUUGACAGCAGUUCCCCAUCCACGACAGUGUCAGUGUUUUCUCACUCACAGUUCCCCUUUUUGUUCUAUAAUAAGUUGAAGCACAGACACACUGGAAGACUUAUAAACUGCCACUUUCACCGGAGUCUGUUUCAGUCAGUGGUAUAACGCUAUCUAGAGCGGACAUUGGUGCCAACAUGGACAUGAAGGAUUCUCUGGUUAAGGGCGGUGUGCUGAUUGCACACAAGAUCCAUGAGGGAAAGCAUCAAUAUGUAGUGGAGAAUGUGGUGAAGUACAAAAUGGAGAAUGAAGGAAAACUUUAUGUCAGAAAAGGAGACAAGCUUCUGCAGAUAAAUGGCAUGGACCUGAAUGAUCUUACACCUGAGGAGCUGGCAAACAUGAUAGCUGAGGGGAGUCCAAUGCUGACAGUGUGCAAACCAGCCAAGGAAGAGGACCACACUGAGCAGACAUCCCUGACUGAAGACACUUUACAACCAGUCUCUAAAGAGCCCACACUCAUCAGCUUUAGCUGGGAGAUGACAAGGGAGGAUGACCCAGAGGGACCUGUAGUGGAACAGCAGGAAGAAGAAAAGGAGACGGGGAAUAUUGAAGAGGAUCUUUGCCAAGCGAAAACUGAGGAGAAUGAGAUGUUUGUUGUUGAGAUGACAAAAACUAGCAUCUCUCUGGUGAGAGGCAGGGGCUGUGAUAAGACAGGAUGUACCUUUAAUGACAUCAUCAUGGUGGCAGAAUCCAGCACGGUGACGCUCGUUCCGAGAGGAGGCGGCAGUUUCCGGCAGGAAAAGUUGUCGAAUGUUUUAGUUGAAAAUCUGGCCACUCGCCAAUACCUCCGAGGUAUCUGUUCUGAGAAGAUCGUCUAUGCUUCUCCAAAUCCAGAGAAAAUUACUAUCUACUACUACAAGUCAAGCGGUUUCAGAAGGGGUUCCAGUGGGAUGCCAGUGGUGCUAAACCUCACCGAUUCCAACUGCUUCCUCAUGUGCUGCAAGCAAGCGGACAGGGUGCUCCUAAAAGUGGAGACAUGUGAGAAGCAGAGGCUGAAGCAGAUCUCCAAGAGCGAUGAGAGUACCCUCUCCUUUGUGUUUUACAUGAAGGGUGACUCAGCGAGACGACGGAGAUUUGAGUCAGCAUUGUAUAGCGGUUGGUUCAUCAACGUUUGCAACACAGACACAGUGGGCGUGGCAACCCUGGAUGGACAUACAGUGGAUCAGUCCUUCCUCUUCAUCAUUCAAAAGUGACGGAGAGUCAUUUUCCUCUGCAUUUUCAGGACUCAGAAAAGUCAGUUACAUUUU